UUCACGAGUAACGCUAGCGUCGGGCGUCAGGAGUGAGGUGACGCUCUGUUUAUUGUGCGGUUUUCGGGGGUUUUUGUGAUUAAUUUGCGAGGACAGGUGUCAUCGAGUGCGAUAUUAACGAGUCAUUAUUAGGACAGGAGCUGGAGGAAGGAGAUGGACCGUCAUCCUUGCUGUCGUCUAAAAAACCACAAAAACCCAUCUCUAUCAUCGCGAGUGGAAUUUUCAACAAGUCUAGGGGGUUCUGACUCGUCUCCCGCCAAAUCUAGGGAGUUCGGCGCGUGGAACAGGGAGACGUGCGCGGUGACGCGCUGCGCAUCUCGCCAUGUUCACGAGUAACGCUUGCGUCGGGUGUGAGGAGUGAGGUGACGCUUUGUUUAUUGUGCCGUUUUUGAGGGAUUUUUGUGACCAGUUUGCAAGGACAGGAGGGCUGUGAGGGAGUUUUACGUGUGGAAAUUGAGGAGAAAUUAUUAUUCAAUAAUGGGGAGAACGGUGACGGUGGCGGUUUGUACGUUGAACCAGUGGGCCAUGGACUUUGAUGGUAAUUUGAGACGGAUUCUUGAGAGCAUCAAGGAGGCUAAGGCACAGGGGGCCAGGUUUCGCAGUGGCCCUGAGCUUGAAAUUACGGGAUACAGCUGUGAGGAUCAUUUCCAUGAGAAUGACACGAUUCUCCACAGCUGGGAAGUCCUAGCAGCCCUCUUGAAAUCAAAAAUCUGUCAGGACAUUCUGAUAGAUGUUGGAAUGCCAGUUAUGCAUAAGAACGUUACAUACAACUGUAGAGUUGCCUUCCUGAAUCGAAAAAUAUUGCUGAUUCGACCGAAGAUGCAGAUGUGCGAUACUUCGGUCUACAGGGAAGGAAGAUGGUUCUCUGCUUGGCGAAAGAUAAGAACAGUCGAGGAUUUCUUUCUGCCAAGACUUAUCGCCGUAAUAACUGGUCAGACUGUUGUCCCCAUUGGUGAUGCUGUAAUUGCAACCAGAGAUACGUGCAUUGGUUUUGAAAUAUGCGAGGAACUCUGGCAUCCCGAUAGUAAUCACAUACCAAUGUCUCUGGACGGUGUGGAGAUCAUAUCGAAUGCCAGUGGAUCUAUGUUCGAGAUUAGAAAGGCACAUACUAUCGUUGAUAGGGUGAAAACAGCGACCGCUAAAGCUGGGGGUUGCUACAUGUACAGUGAUUUUUUUGGCUGUGAUGGAGGGCGAAUGUUAUUCAUGGGAUUCUCAUCGAUUACUGUUAAUGGGGCCAUGAUUGGGAGGGCUAAGCAGUUCUCCCUGAAGGAGGUCGAGGUUACCACUGCCACGUUUGAUUUGGAGUCCAUUAGAGCAUACAGAAAUGGUAUACGCUCUAGGACUCAUUCAUCAGCGUCUAGUCCAGCAUAUCCCCGUGUUACUAUCGACUUCGCCUUAUCCUCAGAAAUUGAAAUAUGUGAAUUAUCAAGUGCCCCAGUUGAUAUUAAUUCUCUAGUCGAUGAAUACAGUGAAACAAUAUCCCCAGAAGUAUUGUAUUUUCACCCAGAAGAAGAGAUCUCCAUAGCGCCAGCGUGCUGGCUCUGGGACUAUCUGCGACGCUCCUGCCAGGGGGGUUUUUUUCUCCCCCUGAGCGGUGGCGUUGACUCCUCCUCGGUCGCCUGCAUUGUCUACAAUAUGUGUAGAAUGAUCGUGGAGGAGGUGAAGAACGGUGAUAGCCAGGUAUUGGCUGAUGUUCGAAAAAUCGUUGGCGAUUGUGAUUACGUACCUAGUGAUGCCAAAGAACUCUGCAAUACACUCUUGGUGACUUGUUACAUGGGAACUGAGAAUUCAACAGCCCAGACCAAAGCAAGAGCUGCAUUGCUAGCAAAUCAGAUUGGCUCGUAUCAUUUGAGCAUUGUCAUUGACACUGCAAUUUCAGCUGUUUUGGGGAUCUUCCAGCAAGUGGCCAAACUCACCCCCAAGUUCAGGGUUCAUGGGGGCUCGCCCAGGGAGAAUUUGGCCCUCCAGAAUGUUCAGGCAAGAAUGAGAAUGGUGGUGGCUUAUCUUUUUGCACAGCUGAUGCUCUGGGUCAGAGGAAGACCUGGGGGACUCCUUGUGUUGGGGUCCAGCAAUGUCGAUGAGGCACUCAGGGGGUAUUUCACCAAGUACGAUUGCAGCAGUGCUGAUAUUAAUCCUAUUGGGGGUAUCGCUAAAGAAGAUUUGAAGAGAUUUUUGGCAUGGUUCAGUGACAAAUACGAGAUAACAGCGAUAAAACAGGUGCUGGAGGCUGUUCCAACAGCGGAGUUGGAGCCCCUUCAAGGGGGGCAACUUGUCCAGGCAGAUGAAGUAGACAUGGGGAUGACCUACAAAGAGCUGGCGAACUACGGACGACUCAGGAAGAAUCAGUGCUGUGGGCCCUUCUCCAUGUUCUGCAAAUUGGUGCCCAUGUGGAGACACUGCAGUCCUCAGGAGGUGGCCGACAAGGUCAAGCACUUCUGGAGGUGCUACGCCAUCAAUCGACACAAAAUGACCAUUCUCACACCGUCCUGUCAUCUGGAGUGUUACAGCCCGGAUGACAAUCGGAAUGAUCACAGACAAUUUUUGUAUAAUCACUCGUGGAAGUGGCAGUUCAAUGCCAUUGAUGAACAGGUGAAGAGGCUUGCUGACAGUGACAGACUGUCCAGGGGCAAAACAGAACCUCCGAAAGAACCUACCAAGCCUCAGGCAUCUUAUAGCGGGAUUGACAAUAGAACAUUCCCAGGGGUUGUAGUAUAACAGACAUUCACCUAUCAAUCUCGUUUUCUGUUUCAAGCUGCUAGAGAUUACAGUAAAGUACCUCGUCUUGAUGACUGAAGUCGGCUGAACAGAAUAUUGAAUGUAAUAAAUAUGGAAAAGUCUAUUUCAAAAUAAUAAAAAACAUGUAAAAUAUCAUAUAA